AUGAAAUUUAAGAUCCUCAUUUGCUUGACUGUGGUCACUUUAGUAACCACUGGCUAUGGCGACACAGCUAAUGGAUCGGUUAUACAGGCUAUAGCCCCUGUUCCACAUAGUCAGUGUCCACUUUAUGACGAUCCCAAUCAUAUUGUGAUGCUAAGCUAUCCCAAUGAUUGCAAAAAGUAUUACACCUGUUUAAAUGGCCUGGGAUACGUCAAUCAAUGUCCCGACAACUACUAUUGGAGUCAGCUGACUUACCGCUGCGACAAUAAGCAGUAUUCCACUUGCGGAAAUGGCGAUUAUCCAGACACACCUAGUUCCAUUGAGUACAGCGCCUAUCCGGGAGAUUGCAGUCGCUACUACGAGACUCGUCUACUCCGCUGCCAGGACAACUAUCACUGGAACGCUCGCCAUGAGCGCUGCGAUCUGCCACAGAUUGCGGGCUGCGUGGCAUCUCCGAUUCCCUUUCCGCCAUUUACCACCCCGAAUCCCUUAGUGCCAACUGCUGCAACUCCGCCAUCCGGACCCCAAUCACCAAUGCAGCCUGGAUCCAAUAAACCGAUAAAUCUCGAUGAUCUCUGCAAUAGUGCCAUUGGGCAGAAGUAUCUGCCAUAUCCUUUAGAUUGCAACAAGUUUAUCUACUGCGGCUCAACAGCUUCUGUCCUAAACUGCCCCACCAACUUGUUCUGGAAUCGUAAUACCCAGUCAUGUGGAUCAUCCAACAUCGGCUGUCCAUAGGAUCAUUGCGGAACUGGCUAGAUACGACGAUAACGAGAUACGUAAGGAGCUAACUUAAUAAGAAAGAUUAAACAUUUGUGUCGCAGAUUAAAUACCAUUCAGACAAAUAAA